UACUAAUAGGAUUAGCAACAAAAGUUUACAGACCAACCACCCUCAUUGUCCAAUAAUGGGUACAUUCCGGCUACUUCUCCGGUUAACUUGCCUGUUUCUGUUAUUCUUUAUAGUUAUUUCUACCCCUCCAGAAGAUCCUAUAGAAUGCACUUCAAGAAACACAAACUGCACCAUUACAAACUCUUAUGGUACUUUUCCUGAUCGAAGUAUUUGCCAAGCAGCAAACGUAGCCUAUCCCACAACAGAAGAAGAGUUGAUUUCAGUGGUAGCAAAUGCAACCAAGGCAAAAAGGAAAAUGAAAGUGGCAACUCGAUACUCUCAUAGCAUCCCUAAGUUAGUCUGCCCGGAUGGUAAAGAUGGGUUACUUAUAAGCACUAAAAACCUGAACCAUGUAUUAUCAAUCGACGUUCAAUCAAUGACCAUGACCGUAGAGAGCGGCGUAACACUAAGGCAGAUAAUUGAUGAGGGAGCUAAUGCUGGACUUGCAUUGCCUUAUGCACCCUACUGGUGGGGGUUAACCAUUGGUGGUCUACUAGGCACGGGUGCUCACGGAAGUACGCUGUGGGGAAUAGGGAGUUCAGUGCAUGAUUACGUGGUGGGGCUAACCAUUGUUAGCCCAGGAGGACCUGAAAAUGGCUAUGCUAAUGUCAGGAUACUUGACGAAAAGAACAGUGAAUUUAAUGCUGCCAAGGUUUCGCUUGGCGUUCUUGGAGUUAUUUCAAAGGUUACGUUGAAACUGCAACCACUCUUCAAGCGAUCCAUCACCUAUGUGGCGAAGGAUGACACAGACCUGGGAGAUCAAGCCACAAGCUUUGGCCUGCAACAUGAAUUUGCAGACAUAACAUGGUACCCUACUCAGAGUAAGGCUAUUUAUCGAAUUGAUGAUCGCAUUUCCUCUAACACAUCAGGCAAUGGUCUAUAUGACUUCAUACCGUUCCGCUCUACACUUUCACUUGGACUCUCAGUCAUUAGAGCCACAGAGGAAAAUCAAGAAGCUUUAGGUGAUGUUGAAGGCAGGUGUAUUAGUGCAAGACUAACUACUGGUACACUCCUGACAGCAGCUUAUGGGUUAACAAACAGAGGUAUUUUAUUUACUGGGUAUCCUGUAAUUGGAUUUCACAAUCGCCUCCAAUCAUCAGGGACCUGUCUUGAUAGUCGUGAAGAUGCACUCAUAACAGCCUGUCCAUGGGAUUCAAGAAUAAAGGGCGAGUAUUUUCACCAAACAACAUUCAGCAUUUCCCUGUCAAACGUGAAAAGCUUUAUCCAAGACGUGCAACAGCUAGUCAAACUGGAGCCUAAAGGUUUGUGCACUGUAGAACAAUACAACGGUAUCCUUAUGAGAUAUGUUAAGGCAUCAACUGCAUACUUAGGAAAGCAAGAAGAUGCAAUAGACUUCGAUAUCACAUACUAUAGAAGUAAAGACCCACUGACUCCUAGAAUGUUUGAAGAUAUACUUGAAGAAAUAGAACAGAUCGCAGUGUUCAAGUAUGGAGCUUUGCCACACUGGGGAAAGAACAGGAAUGCAGCUUUCAGUGGAGCUAUCACAAGGUACAAGAAUGCUGGGGAGUUUUUAAGGGUUAAGCAGAUGUAUGAUCCAACUGGGUUGUUUUCUAGUGAGUGGACAGACCAGGUUCUUGGAUUAAAGGAAGGGUUGAUUAUAGUUAAGGAGGGAUGUGCGCUGGAAGGACUGUGUAUAUGCUCGGAGGACAGUCAUUGUGCCCCGAAAAAGGGAUAUCUAUGCAGACCUGGUAAGGUUUACCAGAAUGCCAGGGUUUGUACCCUUGUCACUACAUAGUAAUUACUUGUGAUCCAAAUAGUGAAGGCUCACAAAGAAAAAGGGUAUUCUUCUAUGUUGCAUUAUGUAUGUAUGUAUUAGUAGUCCAUUCUCAUAUAUGUAUAAUUAGUAUAAUGCAUCCUUUGGUGUUACAUUAUUUAUGUAUCAGUUGUGUAUUUUAUUC